GUUGCCGUUGGGGGACCGGAAACUGACCAGAAACCGAAAGUUAAGGCUGACAAAACAAGGAGGAGAAGUUAAUAAUCGAGGGCCGGUGAUAUAACCUUACAGUUCAUAGAUUUUUUACACAAUGUAACUUUAAUCUUAAGUAUAACAAAAUGUUAGCAUCACAGUAUCGGCGGAGACCGACCGCCUUUAUCUUAAACUAACGUUAGGAAAGCACGUUGGAUUGAUGUAUUGUUUUGAAUAUAACGUUACAGUUAUUGCGAUAAGUUGGAUUUAACGUAGUUCACAUAGCUUGAAUCAUAAAUUCACUGUGUGUUAGUCUAGUGCUGCCAGAGACAUGGACCCGGACACUGAAGUUGAAAGCAUUUUUAGGCAGGAGAAUGGGGAGGAAGAUGAUGAUGAGGAGGAGAAGAAGAAGUGGAAGAGGCCUCCCUCCAGCUAUGGUUUAAUGGAGAGUGACAGUGAUGUGAUGGAGGAGGAGGAAAAGGAAGAAGAGCUGGACCAGGUCUUCCAUCUCCCAUGUCCAGUGGUACUCCCUGAACCGACUACUCACCAGGGGACAGGGUUGCAGAUGAUUCGCUCAGAGUCUCCAGAGACCCUCUACACCGAGAUCACGCAGCAGACCAGACCACCGGGAGCUGUUGUCAUUGACACCAGGUCCUCUGAUCUGGGGGACUUUUCAGAAGACAAUGAAGAGGAGGCAGAUGAAAUGUUGAUAACUAAUUCCCCAGAACCACCUGAGCCAGUUGAACCAGAAGACACAACGCAGACUGAUGAGAACAGCCAGCCAGGUCGACUCCACCCAGAGCAGGACUUGCCCCAUAUAUUCAAGAGCAUCCAGAGUGUUGUGACGGAGCUCACCAGUGAAGAGCUAUUCAAAUUUAAGUUGGGGUUUAACCAGUGGGAGCCAAAGAUAACCCUGUCACAGGUGAUGGAGGGAGACCUUCUUGAUUUUGUGGACAGGAUCCUGGAGAUACUUGGCCAGGAGCGUUCCCUGUUGCAUACAAUAAGUACCCUCAAAACUAUCAAGAAGACACAAGAGGCAGACGAACUAAAGAAUAAGUGCAAGAGAGCGUUGAUCCGCUUUUGCCUGAAGAACUAUUUGAUAGGAAAAUACCAAAUCAUUCACGAGGGGGUCGUUCAAGCCGGAAAACAGAAACUUCUAGAUAAAAUCUACAUUGAGCCCCUGAUUUCAACCUGUGGUUAUGGAGGAGUCGACCCCUCCCAUGAGUUCCGACCCCACCCUCCGUCACCUAUCCAGGUCCCCAGUGCCGACACCUUCGUGGGCUUGAACAAUCUGUUCCGACUACAGAAGGAUGAUGGCAAGCCGGUGAGGACGGUGGUGACCACUGGGCUUCCAGGAAUUGGUAUGUCUGUUUCCGUGGGGAAAUUCUCCCUGGACUGGGCAGAACUUCAUGCCAAUAAGGAUCUGCAGUUUGUCAUCAAACUUUCAUUCAAAAAUCUCUGGCUCCUGCGAAACAAAGCGCUUCCUCGUUCACAGGAUCUGUCGAUCAUGGAAAUUGUCGAAUAUUAUUAUCCCGAGUGCAAAGACAUGAAAUACCUGGAGGAAGAGGACUGUAAAUUCCUCAUCAUAAUGGAAUCAUUUGAUUGUUACCAAGCCUCUCUGGACUGGCAGAAUGCUCCAGUGAUAAAUGACAAUUACACCAAAGCACACCCUGACGUCCUGAUUGUAAAUAUCAUCCGAGGUACUGUGCUCCGUGGUGCUCGCGUCUGGAUCCUGGGGAGACGUGCUGCUGUCUCACAAAUACCGCCUCAAUACAUAGACGCUGUCACAGAAAUACAGGGCUUUAGUGAUGAGAAGAUAGAUGAAUUCCUGACAUUGCGCUUUUGCGAUGCAGAGCUAUCGACGAAGAUCAUACGGCAUUAUAAGCUCCUCCCAUCACUCAGUAUACUAGCUCGACAGCCCUUUGUUUGCUGGAUGGUGGCCACAGUGUUCGAGCGCCGCUACCGUUACCAGGGUUAUGGGGAGCACCCCCCCAGGCUGACGCCAUUCUAUGUCAACACUAUGAUCGUCCAGACCAAUCGCAGACUGCAGUUCUACUAUGGAAAGAUGGACCAUGAACUGAAAUGGUCCAGUGAUGAAAAGAACCUGCUCACAAAGAUGGGGAAGAUGGCCUUUAAGAUGCUGGAGAGGAACACCAGCGUGUUCUUUGAAGAGGACGUGAAGGAGUGCGGUCUGAAGUUGACGGAGGUGACGGUGUUUUCCGGCCUGAGCACUGAGCUCCCCGCCGCAGCCUCAGGGAAGAGGACGUUCUGCUUCAUACACUUCAGCUUUCAGGAGUUCAUGGCCGCUCUGUACGUCUUCACAGUGUUUCGCACGGAGUCCUGGAACGUUCUGGACUCCGUGUUGGACAAGCCCAAGAUCUUCAAAUUCAAGGAUCCGACCAAAUCCGCAGCAGGCCUGGUCCAGUGUGCCGUGGCGCGAACCCUCGCCUCCCCGCUGGGCUACUACGAAAUGUUCUUGCGCUUUCUGUGCGGCAUGCUGUCCCCGGAUUGUCAUGACAACCAGCUGCAGGGGUAUCUCUACCACCACAAAGCGCCGAAAGUGGGCGGACUGGAUGAUGUGCGGCAGCUGCUUGAAAAAACGAUACAGACUGCUGAAGAAAACCAUCGAGACCGGGUGGAAAACUUGAAGGAGUGCCUUAGAGAAAUGACCCAGGAAGAUGAGUGAGUUGGGUUCAGCUUGCAUCCUGAUAAUCCGUGUCACUUUAUGGAUAUGAUGGAUAAUGGAGAGGAUCCGGGACAAUGCCGUUAUUUUACCUCUACUCUGUGAGUGAUUAAAGUUUGAUGCUCAAAACACUCAACAGACUCAGUGACAUGUUCAGGUCUGUGUCCUUUAGGCUUUAUAAUAUUAAGUUUCAUACAAUAAACUUUGGUUUCAUUAGAAAAUGAACGAUUCUGUGUCAGUCAUGUUACCGCUGCACCAGACAAAUUUAAAUGUCUAUGCAUUGCAGUACAGUGGGGGUUAUGAAAUACUGCAUUAUGUCUGUUCAUGUCUCACAAUGAGCGCUAAUCAAAAUGCAUUCUGGAUUUUAAUUCAUCCAACAGAUUGGAGAGACAAAAGAAGACAUGAACUGUUUUAAGAUCUAUUAAAUGUAAACUAAACAGAAGAUGUGAUGACACUUGAAGAACUCUGACAUUGUUGAUUCACAGCAACCCUCAUACUACAUUGCAAUAUGAAACCAAUGUGCCUGAUCUGUUUAUAUCCAGGCAUCGGUAAUAAAUCAUUACUCAACUGUUUCGAUUGACGAUGUAAGGCCACAAAGAGGAGCUCGGAUUUCACAUUUUGUCAAAGGUAGCGGUGUAUGUGAGUUUAAAAACGCCUUCUGGGUGAAAAGUAAUGGUAUGGGUGAAUGAAUAGCUCUAUGUUUUUAAAGCUACUAUGAGAAACUUUCAUUUUGCGUUGAUUUUGCGUUGAUUUUUUGAGCUUCAAAACCACUUUAAAGUUCCUUGGAGUAACUUUCAAUAGGUUCAGCCUUAAAUCAUAGUGUGUAUGCAUGUGUUUGGGUGCAUAUAUUAUUUUUGUACUUACAGUGAAGUUGUGUUUUCGCGGUGAAAAGAUGACACAGUGAACUUAUAAUUUAAGGCAUUGGUUGUGUGAAUGUGUGUGCGUGUCCCUGAGAAUAUCGGAAUACUUUCAGGUAAAAGACCAUUGAUAAGGUGGAUGUGGCUAUAUUCACUUACUCACCUCCUGAUGGACUUGUUCCUUCAUUUUCUCAAUUCAUUUAUUGCUUUAUUUUCAUUGCAGUCCUGCACUCCGACUAACAAUGGAGUUUGUAGGUGGUUUUAGUCAUUUCCUUGGUACCUAUUGUCUUUUAGAGUCAUGCGACAUCCUUAACAAAGAUAUGUAAGUUGUUGACACUUGGCAUCAUUAUUAUUAAGCAUGUAUGAAUCAAAAUAAAAAGAGAAAUCAAUGAGA